AUGUCUGAUAUCCCACGACGGGUUACUAGAAGUAAAACAAAGAAAAUGGAAGAAGAAGAUGAUGAUGAAGAUGACUUUCUUGAUGACCAAGAAGAAUAUCAUAGUGAUGAAGACCUUCUUGAUGAAGAAGAUAUAAGUGUUGAAGAAGAUGGAACAGAAGAAGAUGAAAAAGAGGAAAGGAAAAAGAAAAGACUAAGAGGUACAAGAACACCUAAAAGUAGAGGAAGGAAAGACAAAGGAAAACCAUUAACAUUUAAACAAAUGAAAGAGUUAUACAUCACUCGAGAGAAUGCCCUUUCUUAUGCAGAUACGGCAAUAUUUGAACGAUAUAUAGUAAAUAAGUAUGUUAAAGUUGUAAAUGGACAAGAAGAAUAUAUAUCACUUGUUAAAUCAGUUGACAUUUCUUCAAAUAUAAAACAAGUUGAUAGAAGAAAAGUUGCUUGGGAUUUAACUAUUGAAACAACUGCAUUUGAUGGGAGUCGAAUAGUUGGUAUUGGUGAAUUAUCAAAUUCAACACUAGGAAUAGAAAAUUAUAAGAGGUAUAUUGAAGAUGGAAAAGAGACUGAUAUAGGAGUUAUGACAACUAAACAAGCUAGAGAAGAAAUUAAAAAAAUAGAAACAAUUGACAACUAUAUACCUUCUGAAGAAGAAACUGACAAAUACAAUGAGUAUAGAAAGAAAGUAUAUGGACUUAAAGAUGAAGAAGAAACUGUUCAGUUUGGUAAAGAGAAUAAGGUUGGACUAGAAGAAGAAAGAGAGGUACAAUACGAAAAUGAUAAAAAAAUGGAGGAAGAAGUUCCAUGUGAUUUUAUGAUUAACCAAGAAAUAUUUAAGUCAUUAGAAGAGUGCAAUAAACGUUGUACUGAAAUGGAAAAUUAUUUAAUAUUUAAAAAAGAAGAACAAAACCAAGUAAAAGAGUUAUGUGAAAAAUUUUUUUUCAAUUACCAAAUUCCUAAACAAACAACCAUUUAUCAACAAACAGUUGUAAUUGCAAAAGAAACUGAUGGAAAAGAUAAAUUAUCUGAAGAGCCUCUUGCUAAGUAUCUGUAA